GCACAGGCCCCUCUGAAAGGGGGUGUGUCUGUAAUUAUGCGUGAAAGAAUGAGUGGCUGAAUGAGUGAAAGAGAGAGAGAGAGAAUUCCUAACUCUCAGUUUUAGCUGCAUGUGGGACAGACAACAGGCUCCUGGAUGUUUCUGCUUUCUAAAGUAUUAACACAGCCUUCUGCCUAACACAACACCACCUGGUUGUUCUCUACCCAAUAUGAAAGGAUUUUUUUAUUUAUAGAGUUGAAAUCACCGUAAUCAGGAGGCAGCAUUGACUUUUCCUUCCUAAUUUUGCACUCUUCCAGAUUUUAAUAUGUUUUUAUAUGAUAAUAACUGCUGAUGAGAGCCAGUAUUGGCACACAUUCUGUUUUUUUGUUAAUGUAAGUGUUGCGCACUGAUAUUUCUGAAUUUAUAUUUUCUAGUUUUUAUUUAUUUAUUUUUUUUUGUUACUUUUCAAACCAGGACACCGUGUAGUUUGUAAACAUUUUGUCAAAUUUAGUCACACUAAAAUGGAAGUUCUCAAUUUACCAGAUUCUGGACCUGACACCAGCACAGAGGCAAUGGAUCAUGAUUAUGUCAACCCAUUUGUGCAUUACGUUCACUUAUCUUUCUGUCAGAAAGUAAAGAUGGUACUGCUGGGCCUGGUGCUUGUUCCAGUCAGGGCAGUACUGUCUUCCAUAUGCUUUUUACUGCUGUGGCCUUUUUGUCUGCUGAGGAUUUGGGGUUUAAGUCCAGAACAGAUGUCUUCACCUAUCACUGGCUGGAGAAGGUCAUUCACACAUAUGGCAGUGAAGAUCUUGUGUCGAAUUUUGUUUUUUUUCUUGGGCUUUAUCAGAAUAAAAGUGAAAGGCCAACGGGCUUCGUCGGCAGAAGCUCCCAUUCUUGUAGCAGCACCUCAUUCAAGUUUCAUGGAUGCUGUUGUGGAAAUACCGUGUGACCUUGCCAGUGUAAUGUCACGCUCAGAGAAUCUCAGUAUUCCUGUGCUGGGAGCACUGCUGCGCUUCAGCCAGUCUAUUAUGGUGUCACGGCAAGAUCCAGAGUCACGAAGGAAAGGUGUAGAGGAGCUCAAAAGAAGAGUCUGCUCUGCUGGCCGGUGGUCUCAAAUCCUUAUUUUUCCAGAGGGAACCACAACCAAUGGGAAGUCUCUUAUUAAAUUUAAACCUGGGGCCUUUAUCACUGGUGUGCCUAUUCAACCGGUGCUCAUUCGUUAUACAAACAAACUGGAUACAGUGAGGUGGACAUGGAAAGGAAUUAACUGCUUGCAAGUUCUACUUUACACCUUGUCCCAGUUUUACACAAAUGUUGAGAUUGAGUUUUUGCCUGUCUAUUACCCAGAUGAAGAUGAAAAGGCCAACCCUGUUCUCUUUGCAAGCAAUGUUCAAAGGUUAAUGGGAAAGUCUUUGGGAGUUCCUGCAACAGAAUUUGAAUUUGAAUCCAAAAGACCAGUCUUUUGCAUUGGAAAGCUAAAACUGCCCCUUGAGCCAAAAGUAAGGGAGUUGGAGUCUGUGCUUCAGUUUUCCAGCCAGGGGCAACAUAAUUUACAAAUGAACUUAGAAGAGCUGAUUGAAAAGUGUCAUAAAGGUGUGGGCCCGUGGCUGAGAAUGGAGCAGUUCAGUUCCUUGGUAAACACACUACCAGAAAAUGUCAUCCAGCAAAUAUUCAGCAUUUUUGGCAAGGGUCCUGAAGAACAUCUCGACUUAAGAGCAUUUGUUGUUUGCUUGGCUAUCACAGAUCGAAGAUGGGCUGUGGACGAAGUGCUGGAACUGGCUUUUAAACUUUUUGAUGGUGGUAGAAAAGGCUACCUGUCAGAAGAUGAGUUUGUCUCAUUUCUGCAGUCUUUACUGAUCUGCCCUGACCUACACUCCACAGAAAUAUUUCAGGAGACUUACAAGAAACAGCAAUCCAGGCUGACCUUGGAAGAAGUCAAGGAGUUAUUUAAGUCUCAGCAGUACCGGAGACUUUUUACAUGUUACCUGAGGCCAUUGUCUACAAUGCCAGAGAAGUCGAGCUCCUCUCUGAAACAUAUGACAGCUCUGGAAAGUGACGGAUCACAAACAGUGAAGGCCGUAUCCAGUAGAGGUGAAUCAAGUGGCGGUGUCUCAGCUGAUAAAAAGGGACACUGAAAUAUUCACAGCCUCUACGAAAUUGUUAAAGCUGCUAGAAUGUAAGCCACAAAAUACAGAGAUUUGUGCACAAACAGUAUUUUCUAAUUUUGUACAUAUUUAAAUUUUUUAUUUUUUAAAAGAAAUUUUCUACUUUUGCAAAGGAACAAUAUUCUCAGGGUUAACUUACGGGUGCAUACAGGUAUAGUAGCAUUCUUUUAUAUUUGAUUUUCUUUUUUUUUCUAAUGUUUUUUAUUGUGUAAAAUGUGUUAUAUGUUAUUUUUAUGGUGCUGCAAAAGAAAUUUGAUUUAUUAAAAAUACAUUUUAUAGAAAUAUGUCCUUUUAAAAAUACAUGUUAUAAUGCUGCUCAUUUCUAGAAUCUUUCUAUUAAAGACAACAUUAUGAUGGAAUUAAGAGCAAUGUUCAGCAGCACGUUUAUUUUCAAGCGGUCAUACUGUGCAAUAGGGCUGUUACAUUCAAAUACCACUUUGAAUGUCUUUGAUUGUGUUUUGUAGUCUGAAUAGUCACAACUAAAUUAAACCUUGAAUGUUUCGCUGUA